AAUCAAUAGUGUAGUCAUACCUAUAACAAAAUGGCGGCGCCCAUGUUACGCUUUAUUAAAUUUUGAAUUUUGAAAUUAUCGUUUUAAUUUAAUGUUAAAUUAAGCAUAUUAACAAUGGAUUCAGAUGAAGAGAGUGAAACCCAAUUCAUUGCCAAGAGACAAAAGAUAUUACAAUAUGGCAGCUUGGAACAGAAAGAAAAACAACGAUUGGCUGGAGGUGGUGGUAUGGAAGGGUCUCUUGCAAGCGAAGCCAUUAAAAUUGGAAUAGCUUCUGGCAACAUUAAUAUCUCAAAAGGAGCUACUUUGGACCUUGAAAAAGAGUAUGAACAAAGUCAAGCUGAACUUCUAGCAGAUUUUGAAAAAAGAAAAAAGGCAAAAAAGAUUCAAGUCUCUACAGAUGACUCUGAAGUGAAAGCACAUCUAAGACAGCUUGGUGAACCAAUUUGUUUAUUUGGGGAGGGUCCUGCUGACCGACGAGAGCGACUGCGGCAAGUUAUAGCUGCAAGAGGUGAAGACACUCUUAGAAAACAAAAAGUCGAGGAGGAAAUCAACAAAAAGAAAAGAGAAGAGGAAAACAUAACCUGGUAUCAUGAAGGAAAUGAAUCAUUGAAGGAUGCAAGACUGUGGAUAGCUGAAUAUUCUAUACCAAGAGCUAAGGCAAGGAUACACAAAGAGAAGCAAGAAUCCCAUUUUGCUGCUCAGAAAUCUGUUUUCUCUCAGGAUAUACAAAAAAGAAUGAGGUCUGUGACAAAUGAAUGUAGUCAAAUAGGAGAUACCCGGCCCCUGUCUCAUUGUCAGUUUAGUCCAAAUGGUAAAAUGAUAGCAACAGCUUCAUGGUCAGGGUUAUGUAAGCUGUGGUCAGUGCCAGACUGUCAAGAGAUUAGAACUCUUAGAGGUCACAACUGUAAUGUAGGUGCCAUAGUGUUUCAUCCGCGAGCUACAAUAGAUCUUGAUAACACAGCCUGUUGUAUGGCGUCAUGUAGUCAAGAUGGGGCUGUCAAACUUUGGAACCUUGUUGGAGAUGAGCCAGUAGCAGAUAUAGAAGGUCAUGCACCUUACAGGGUGUCAAGAUUAGCUUAUCAUCCUUCUGGUAGAUUUCUAGCUACAUGCUGUUUUGAUAACUCAUGGCGGUUGUGGGAUUUGGAGGCCCAGGAUGAGAUAUUGCAUCAAGAAGGACACAGUAAACCAGUGUAUGAUAUAUGCUUCCAGUGUGACGGUGCUUUAGCUGCAACAGGAGGUUUAGAUGCAUAUGGGAGAGUUUGGGAUCUUCGCACUGGAAGAUGUAUAAUGUUCUUAGAAGGUCAUCUUAAAUCAGUGUUAGCUGUGGAUUUUGGACCAGAUGGGUAUCAUAUAGCCACUGGUAGUGAGGAUAAUACGGCCAAAAUCUGGGAUAUUCGGCAGAGGAAAUGUGUAUAUACAAUACCAGCCCAUAAAAAUCUCAUCAGUAAAAUUAAAUUUCAACCAAAUCAUGGAAGAUAUCUUGUAACAGCAUCUUAUGAUUCUACAGCCAAGGUAUGGGCACACCCAGUUGGUGCACCUAUCAAGAAUUUAGCUGGUCACGAAGGAAAAGUAAUGGGAGUUGACAUAUCGCCUGACCUCCAGUAUAUUGCAACAGUAUCAUUUGAUAGAACAUUCAAAUUGUGGGCCUCAGAGGUUAAAGGUGGAUUAUGAUGAAAUACUAUACAUCCACAGAUGACUAUAUCUUUUCUAAUAACAAAAACAAAAUAAUGUGAAGGGGCCAAGAUAGAUGUCAGUAUAGACUAUGUUUAUAUUGUGUUUUGUGAAUACAGUGAAUUCACAGGAUGGGAAUAACAGAGCUGUGAAAGUUUCGUUGUUUUCUUUUGGACAUGACUUAUGGGGCUUCAUUUGCUCUGGAUCUGUACAGCAGAAAAGGACCAUUAUUGUC